AGUAUCAUUAAAAAUAAUUGCCACCGUGGUUUUUAAAAAAAAAGCAAAAAAGAAAAAGUAAAAAAUAUUUAUAACCAGUUCGGACGCCUGAGGGGCAUUUUGAAUAAUUGUGUGUUUUACUGUGGCAUAAUCAAUUCUAUUAAUUUGCAAUCAUCAGCAGUUUCCACCGUCAUCAUCGAUAACCACGCCAACAUUGGAAGUGAAUGUUCUAUACAAGGUUAUAAUAUGGAAGAUCUAGAACUGGAUCAGGUCACACAAGUGAUUACUUAUCAUCCUCGUUUCCUUGACCAUUUCCUGCGUACACAAAAUUUCAUUAUGGAUGGUGAUGGACCCCUGCCAUAUGAUUACCGCUACUAUUUGGCCAUAAUUGCUGCCGCGCGUCAUCAAUGUCCCUAUCUGGUGAAAAUGUACGAGAAGAAGUUCAUCAAUCAGGGCGGUAAGGCCGAGUGGUUAAAUGGCUUGGAUUAUAUCCCAUCUAAAUUACGUGCCAUAUAUGAUAUCAACAAAAUACUGGCGCAUCGGCCGUGGCUGCUGCGCACGGAGCACAUCGAGGGCCUCACAAAAGGCAAGAAUAGCUGGUCUCUGUCCGAGGUGGUGCACGCAAUGGUUCUGCUCUCACAUUUCCAUUCGCUCUCCUCAUUUGUAUUCUCCUGCGGCCUGACACAAAAACUAGACGGCUUGUCUAGUCCAAGGUUGAAGAAUGCGCCGGCAACGUUACCAGCUACCGCACAGCCGUUAACGACAGCACAGCAGAUGCCACUGCCGACGUCGUUGCCGUCCGGUCCAAACGUUUUGGUGCAGCAGCAGCAGCACCACCACCAACAACAAAAGACUGUCCUGAGUGAGAUAACGAUCAAUAACAACAAUAACGUGCUUGAUCAUACCAACCACCAGCCAUACAAUAACAAUUUGCAAAAUGUUAGCGGCAAUGCGUCCACGCCCACCGAUAUCACCAUGAACGGCGGUGGCGCCAACAAUGGCGUCACGAGACAUACUCCCACUUCUGGCUCCCCGCAACCAAAUGUGCCGGUGGAAGCGCUGGUCGAGCGCAUGAAAGUACUCUCACAGAAGCAGGAUGAGUGCAGCGAAGCAGAGCUGAGUAAUCGCUUCAAGAGUGUCGAAAUGCAAACCGCCGAACUGCCCGCCGCUGCUACCGAAGCCACCGUCGAAGUACCACCGAUCAUCUCGCACUACAUCGAGGAUCCCACUUUCACUUAUCAAGACUUCGCACGUCGAGGUGCCGAAAAUAUACCCUCCACCUUCCGCGUACAGGACUACUCGUGGGACGAUCAUGGCUACUCUCUGGUUAAUGGUCUGUACAGCGAUGUGGGCACACUGUUGGACCAAAAAUUUCGUGCUGCCUACAAUCUGACGUACUUCACCAUGGGCGGUUACCGCAAUGUGGAUACGUCGAAGUUCCGACGAGCCAUUUGGAAUUACAUUCAAUGCAUCUAUGGGAUACGACAUGACGAUUACGAUUAUGGUGAAGUCAAUCAGGUGAAUAAAUGCUUACUGGAUCGACCACUGAAAAUGUUCAUUAAAACAGCCUGCUGCUUCCCAGAGCGUAUCACCACUAAGGAUUAUGAUAGUAUACUCGUCGAACUGCAAGACAGUGAAAAGGUCCACGUCAAUCUGAUGAUCAUGGAGGCGCGCAAUCAGGCCGAACUGCUCUAUGCGUUGCGCGAAAUUAUGCGCUAUAUGACAUGAUCUCAUUGCAAUUAAAAACACAGAUACAUACAUACAUAUUUAGUUACCAGCAAAUAAUAAAUCAAAAAGUUAAAUGACGAAGAAAGAAGAAACAUAUUACAUACAUACAUAAGUAUAAACUAUACCUACAUACCUUAUGUGCAGUGUAGGUACACAAAAACCCACUAAACUAUACAAACUAGGUGCAUAUAAAGAAACAAAAUCAAUUAACCAAAAAUAAAACCAAUUAAAUUUCAUUAAAAAGAAUAUAAAAUCAUACCAACACCAACCAACACAAUUAGUUAGUCGUAAACAAUUUUUUUUUUUAUAAAUUGAAAGUUCGUUGCUGAGACGAAGGCAAUCCAAAGCACAUAAAAAACGAAAACAACUUUAAUUAACCCUUACCGACUUGCUACACAUACACAUGUAACCAGACACACAUACAUACAUAUGUACACACA